ACACACUCACACACACACUGGCGGAGCGCGCUGCUGUCGCUCAGUGAUUCUCUCCGCGUCUCUGGGACUUUUUUGUUCCGCACUCCUCGUGUCUUCUCCAGCAGGUCAUACUGAGAAAGAAAUCCCAUUGAAAAACCAAGGACAUAAAAAGCCUUUGGAUACAGUCUGACUCUCCCAAGAGUUGAAAGGGUCAAAGGUCAUGACCUUAUUUUGAUCCCAGAUCAUGUUUCACACCUUCCCCAACAAAUCGCGGGCGCAGACGUCGGUCAGCAUGGAGAAAACGUACUCGCUCACGGCGCAUUACGACGAUUUCCAGGAGAUCAAGUACAGCAGUCGUUGCAGCAGCAGCACGCUGAGUAACGGCAUGAGUCUGCAUCUGGGCGGAUCGCUGGACCGCGGAAGAAGUGGGCGGGACAAGUGUGUGGGUGGGGUCAAGGGCGGGGCCGGGGGCGGGGCUCCGGCCCGCUGGAGCAGGCGCGAAAUCUGCCUGCUCUCUGCUUUAGUGUUCGCGGCGGGGAUGUGCGUGAUUCUCGGAUGCAUGCUGGCGCUGAAGUUUCUGGCGCUGGAAGCGCAGGAUUCCCAGUGUCGUCAGGAUUGCGUAAAGCGGCGCUCGCUGCUCCGGGCCGCUCGCUUCAUCCAGGGGAACGUCGACCCGAGCGUCCAGCCCUGUCACGACUUCUACAGCUUCGCUUGCGGCGGGUGGCUCCGGAGACACGGUAUACCGGAGGAUAAACUGAGCUACGGGAUCAUCACCGCCAUCGGAGAACAGAACCAGGAGAAGCUGCAGCGCCUCCUACAGGUGCCGGUGCAGAGGAACGAGCCGGAUAGUGCCGAGAGAAAGGUGAAAGAGUUUUACCACUCGUGCAUCAACAUGAAGGAAAUCGAUCGUCUGGGGGCGGGGCCUAUGACUGAAGUGAUUGACAGCUGUGGUGGGUGGGACCUGUCCGGAGCUCCUCCCGGAGGGGCGGGGUGGGACAGUGGCUCCGCCCCCGUGAGACCAGAUUUUAAUGAGAUGCUGUAUAAGACACAGGCAGUUUACAGCACGUCUGUGUUCUUCUCUCUCACCGUUAGUGUGGACGACAAAAACUCGUCACGCAACACCAUACGGAUUGAUCAGGAGGGUUUGACUCUGCCAGAAAGGACUCUGUAUCUGGGGCAGGAUGAAGACAGUGUGAAGAUUCUGGCGUCCUAUAAGGCGCUGAUGGAAAGGUUGCUGAGCAUGCUGGGAGCUCACAACGCCACGCUGAAAUCCAGAGAGAUUCUGGAUCUGGAGACGAGACUUGCGAAUAUCACUGUGUCUGAAUACGACGACCAAAGAAAAGACAUUAGCAGCAUGUACAACCGAAUAACACUGAAACAACUGCAGAAAAUGGCUCCAAGUUUCCACUGGAAGCGUUUGUUGGACCGGAUCUUCAGUGAUAAUUUCUCUGAGGAAGAGGAGAUCGUAGUUUUGGCCGCUGAUUACAUGCAGACGGUGUCGGACAUCAUUAAAACCACGUCUAAACGGGUUCUUCAUAACUACAUGUUGUGGCGUAUCGUGGCGGCGCUGAGCGAGCAUCUCUCCACCGCGUUUCGCAGCACGAUUAACGAGUUCUCGCGCGAGAUCGACGGAGGCGAGCGUCAGCUGGAUCUGGAGCGGCUGUGUCUCAAUCAGGCCAACAAACACUUCGGCAUGGCCCUCGGCGCGCUCUUCGUCCAGCAGCACUUCUCCUCCUCCAGCAGAGCCAAGGUGCAGGAGCUGGUGGAGGACAUUAAACACUCGUUAGAUCAGAGACUGCAGGAGCUCGACUGGAUGGAUGAAGAAACCAGAGACGCUGCCCGAGCGAAGCUGCAGCACAUGAUGGUUAUGACCGGUUAUCCUGACUUUCUGUUAAAACCUGAACUUAUCGACGAGGAGUACGGGUUCGAUGUGAACGAGAAAACCUACUUCAAGAACAUCCUGAACAGCAUCAAGUACAACAUUAAACUCUCCGUCAAAAAGAUCCAUAAAGAGGUGGACAAGACGACGUGGCUUCUUCCACCACAGGCUUUAAAUGCGUAUUACCUGCCAAACAAAAACCAGAUGGUUUUUCCUGCAGGAAUUCUCCAGCCGACUCUCUACGAUCCUGAAUUCCCUCAGUCACUGAAUUACGGAGGAAUCGGAGCGAUCAUCGGUCACGAGCUCACACACGGAUACGACGACUGGGGUGGGCAGUACGAUCGCUAUGGCAACCUGAAGCAGUGGUGGACGGAAGAGUCGUACAGGAAGUUUCAGAAGAAGGCGGAGUGUAUCGUCAAACUCUACGACAACUUCACUGUGUACAACCAGAGGGUUAACGGGCAUCUUACUCUGAGCGAGAACAUUGCUGAUCUGGGUGGACUGAAGUUGUCUUAUAAUGCGUAUCAGAAGUGGGUUCGUGAACACGGGCCGGAGCGUCCUCUGCCGGGACUCAAAUACACACACGAGCAGCUCUUCUUCAUCGCGUUCGCUCAGAACUGGUGUAUGAAGAGACGAUCGCAGUCGAUUUACCUGCAGCUGCUGACGGAUAAACACGCACCUGAACAUUACAGGGUGAUUGGCAGCGUGUCUCAGUUCGAGGAGUUCAGUCGCGUGUUUCACUGUCCCAGAGGGUCACCCAUGCAUCCGGUCAACAAAUGCGCCGUCUGGUGACCUUUAACCCCUGAGCGUCUCCUCAUCGCCCUCGUUUCCAUGAUGAACCGCUCCGAGCUGCUCCCACGCCGUUUGAUGUUUACAGCAUUUUAGUGAUCAGAAAUCAACUCGUGCUCAUCGAUACGC